UUUUUUUCACACAACAGCAAGCUUAAACUAAACAUAAAACGUUUAUAAUUAUUUUAGUGUAAAAAAAUAAAGAAAAACAAUUUAAUUUUAUUAAUUUCCACAUAGAAAACGGAAAAAUGUCCAAUGUAACAGCAGCGGUUAUAGCUAAUCGCAAUAAAAAACAUUUCUUAGGAGUUCCCGCGCCUUUAGGCUAUGUGGCUGGCGUGGGUCGUGGUGCUACAGGUUUUACCACACGUUCUGAUAUCGGUCCAGCCCGUGAUGCCAAUGAUGUUUCCGAUGAUCGUCAUGCGCCACCGGCGGCCAAACGCAAAAAGAAGGAUGAGGAAGAAGAGGAGGAUGAAGAUUUGAAUGAUUCUAAUUAUGAUGAAUUUAGUGGUUAUAGUGGUUCUUUAUUCUCCAAAGAUCCUUAUGAUAAGGAUGAUGAGGAGGCGGAUGCUAUUUAUGAUUCCAUUGACAAGCGUAUGGAUGAAAAACGUAAGGAGUAUAGAGAUCGUCGUCUUAGGGAAGAUUUAGAAAGAUAUCGUCAAGAGAGACCUAAAAUUCAACAACAAUUUUCGGAUUUAAAACGUUCUUUAUCUAAUGUUACCGCCGAAGAAUGGUCUAACAUACCAGAAGUGGGAGAUAGUCGUAAUAGAAAACAACGUAAUGCCAGAGCUGAAAAAUUCACUCCUCUACCCGAUAGCGUAUUGGCCAGAAAUCUAGGAGGAGAAUCCUCAUCCACCAUAGAUCCUUCCUCUGGUUUGGCAUCAAUGGUGCCUGGAGUAGCUACACCGGGCAUGUUAACACCUACUGGAGAUUUAGAUUUGCGUAAAAUUGGUCAGGCUCGUAAUACUCUUAUGAAUGUAAAACUAUCACAAGUUUCCGAUUCGGUAACGGGUCAGACAGUAGUAGAUCCCAAAGGUUAUCUCACUGAUUUGCAGAGUAUGAUUCCUACGUAUGGUGGUGAUAUUAAUGAUAUAAAGAAGGCUCGUCUCUUGCUUAAGAGUGUAAGAGAAACCAAUCCUAACCAUCCGCCCGCUUGGAUUGCCUCAGCUCGUUUGGAGGAGGUAACGGGUAAGGUGCAAAUGGCUCGUAAUUUGAUUAUGCGCGGUUGUGAGAUAAAUCCUCAAUCAGAAGAUUUAUGGCUAGAAGCGGCUCGUUUACAGCCUAUAGAUACCGCUAAAGCAGUAAUUGCCCAGGCUGCACGUCAUAUACCCACUUCGGUACGUAUUUGGAUAAAGGCUGCCGAUUUGGAGACUGAAACUAAAGCGAAAAGAAGAGUUUACCGCAAGGCUUUGGAACAUAUACCCAAUUCAGUUAGAUUAUGGAAGGCUGCUGUGGAAUUGGAAAAUCCUGAUGAUGCAAGAAUUCUAUUAUCACGAGCUGUAGAGUGUUGUAACACUAGUGUUGAGUUGUGGUUGGCUUUGGCUCGUCUAGAGACAUAUGAAAAUGCUCGUAAAGUUUUGAAUAAGGCUCGAGAAAAUAUACCCACAGAUAGACAAAUUUGGACUACUGCCGCUAAGCUGGAAGAGGCAAAUGGUAAUAUACAUAUGGUGGAAAAGAUUAUAGAUCGUUCUUUGACCUCUUUGGCGGCCAAUGGUGUGGAAAUCAAUAGAGAACAUUGGUUCCAAGAGGCCAUAGAAGCCGAGAAAUCAGGAGCAGUUAAUUGUUGUCAGGCUAUUAUCAAGGCGGUUAUAGGUGUGAGUGUGGAGGAAGAAGAUCGUAAACAAACCUGGAUGGAUGAUGCUGAUUUUUGCGCCAAAGAAAAUGCUUUCGAAUGCGCUAGAGCUGUUUAUGCUCAUGCUUUGCAGGUAUUCCCCUCUAAGAAGAGUAUUUGGUUGAGGGCUGCCUAUUUUGAAAAGAAUCAUGGUACACGCGAGUCUUUGGAGGCUUUGCUACAGCGUGCCGUAGCUCAUUGUCCCAAAUCAGAAGUAUUGUGGCUUAUGGGUGCCAAAUCCAAGUGGUUGGCUGGUGAUGUACCGGCUGCCAGAGGUAUCCUGUCCCUGGCUUUCCAGGCUAAUCCCAAUUCUGAAGAUAUUUGGUUGGCUGCUGUUAAAUUAGAAUCAGAAAAUGCUGAAUAUGAACGUGCUAGACGUUUGUUAGCUAAAGCCAGAGGUUCUGCUCCCACACCUAGAGUAAUGAUGAAAUCAGCACGUUUAGAAUGGGCUUUAGAUCGUUUGGAUGAGGCCUCACGUCUGCUAGAUGAAGCAGUUGAAGUUUUCCCUGAUUUCCCUAAAUUAUGGAUGAUGAAGGGUCAAAUAGAAGAGCAGCAAAGACGUUUGGAAGAGGCAGCCGCCACCUAUAAUCUAGGCAUCAAAAAAUGUCCUACUUCUAUACCCCUGUGGUUGCUAUCGGCUAAUCUAGAGGAACGUAAGGGUGUAUUAACCAAGGCUAGAUCUAUUUUAGAAAGAGGACGUUUGCGCAAUCCUAAGACUCCGAUUUUAUGGCUAGAAGCCAUACGUGUAGAAUUGAGAGCCGGUUUAAAGGAAAUAGCCAGCACUAUGAUGGCUAGAGCUUUGCAAGAAUGUCCCAAUUCCGGAGAACUAUGGGCAGAAGCCAUAUUCAUGGAAUCUAAACCACAAAGAAAAACCAAAUCAGUAGAUGCUUUAAAGAAAUGUGAACAUGAUCCUCAUGUUUUGUUGGCUGUUUCCAAACUUUUCUGGUCUGAACAUAAAUUCUCCAAAUGUCGGGAUUGGUUUAAUCGUACAGUUAAAAUCGAUCCCGAUUUGGGUGAUGCCUGGGCUUAUUUCUAUAAAUUUGAAUUGUUACAUGGCACCGAAACCCAACAGCAAGAGGUUUUAGAACGCUGUAUACCCUCAGAGCCUAAACAUGGUGAAGCCUGGUGUAGUGUUAGUAAGAAUAUUAAAAACUGGUGUUUUAAGACACCAGAUAUUUUAAAGGCUGUCGUUAAGGAGAUCUCUAUACCCAUUUAAAGCAACUAUACAAUUUUUUCAUCAUCAGUUAAAACAAUUACAACAACAAAAAUAAAGAAUUUUAAAAAAUUGCCAGUAAAAUUUAUAAAAACUUAAGCAGAAACUAAUAAUAGAAUAAGAGUUCACUCCGCCUAUAAGAAUGGAUUUGAUUCUAUGUGUGUGAUUUAUUUUAAAGCAAGAUUCCUAAAAUAUUGAUGCUGUUUUCAGUGACAUAAUUGUAAAUAAGUUUCCAAAGUUGUCAGAAGAUUUUAAAUACUGUAUCCUGUACACCGAUUUCCAAAGGAGAUUGACUUAAAUCCUUUAAAGUAUGUAUAGCUUCCGAAGGACUCUGCAAUAGAGCCACAAUAUUAGCAGAAAAUGAGGUAAACAAAAAUAAAGUUGCCACAAAAGUGGUAAAAAUUAUAAUACGAGCCGAA